AUGCAGACUGCUUCUACAAACAUUUGUGAAAGACUGUGCAAUAAGUCCAUCUGUGGCAUUUCCUUGCUACUAAAUAUUCCACGGUCAACUGUUAGUUGUAUUGUAACAAAGUGAAAGCAACUGGGAAUAACAGCAACUCAGCCAUGAAGUGGUAGGCCACGUAUAAUGACAGAGUGGGGUCAGUGCAUGCUCAAGCACACAGUGCGCAGAAGUGACCAACUGUCUGCAGAGUCAAUAGCUAAAGACCUCCAAACUUCAUGCGACCUUCAGAUUAGCACAACAACAGUGCACAGAGAGCUUCAUGGAAUGGGUUUCCAUGGCCGAGCAGCUGUAUCCAAGCCUUACAUCACCAAGUGCAAUGCAAAGCAUCAGAUACAGUUGUGUAAAGUACGCCACCACUGGACU